AUGGCUGCAAAGCUAAACCAAGUCCUCUCCACUCUCUUCUUGGCCUUGAUAUUUCUGAGUUUUCUCGGGACGACAAGGCCCGACGACAGCUGCCCGUAUCCGUGUUAUCCGCCUCCUACUGGCCCCGGCAGUACAACAACUCCGGCAAUCACGUUGCCUCCUCCGCCGCCAUCUCAGGUAGUGUCAUACCAACCUCCGGCUGGAUACAACCCUACACCGGCAGGAUAUUUACCAUACUACUCUCCACCGCCCUUUGGUACUUCGUAUGGUUCCCCUCCCCCUCCUGACCCCAUAUUGCCCUACUUCCCUUUCUACUACAAAAAGCCUCUCCAUCGGACUGACGACUCUGCAGCAACCACUACUCUUGGAAGAUCAGUAAUCAUGAUUGCCACGGCUAAUCUUCUUCUGUUUGUUUCCAUUGUUUGUGUCCAUGUAUUCUAG